CGUUAUUAGAUGUUGGUGUGGCUUGUCAUUAUAUAGCCAUUAAAAUGAGUGCUUCACUUCUGAGAAACCUUAAUGCGAAUGAAGUUAUUAUGAGGAUAGAAAAUGAAGAUUCAGAUGACAUGCUUGAAACCCAAAGUGUGUCAGAUUCAGACCCAGACUUUGUUUUUAUUCAAGAGUUUGAUGAGGAUGAAGAAAAUUGGCAAGGUGCUAAGUCUAAAAAAUUAUCCAACUACGCUCAACGCAGUUCCACAGUGACGUUGGGUAAAAGGAAACGCGUAAAACGGGCGCGCCCCUUUGGAUGGAAAAAUAAUAUUUGCAAAAGGAAUCGUCUAGCUGGAUUAAAUUACAAAAGCCGAAAAGGAAAGCAAAAUAUAGCAAGAAAAAUGGGGAUGCCGUGCAAAUCCACGUAUUGUCGAAAACCCAGCUUACGGCAAUGUGCGAGUCUGACAGAAGAUGAGAGACAGUGGGUUUUCAAAAAUUUUUGGAAAAUGGAAUCGUGGUCUGAAAGAAGAUCAUAUGUCAGGGCUUCAGUAUCGAAAGUUACCACCAAGCAAAGGAAAAUUGCUGAAAAUAUGUCAAGAAGAAAGUCAUCUUUUGAAUACCAUUUACAAUUACAAAAUGGAACAUGCAUUCUGGUGUGCAAAAAACUCUUUUCGGCUACAAUUGGCAUUAGCCAACGAACUUUGCUCUCGUGGCUGGAAGGUCCCGCACCAUUCAUAAAGUUUUUGGACCCGCAUCGUCCAAGAAAAGGUAAAACUUCUUUUAUCCAAAGGCAAGAUAUGGAUUUCAUUAUAAAAUGGUUACAUGCACUACCUACAUUGCCAUCUCACUAUUGCCGUUCUAGAGGUACCUAUAAGAAUAAAAAGUAACUAUAUCCCGGAACGACUGUUUCAAACCUUCAUCGUUUAUAUUCUGAAGAGGCAACAAAUUCUGAAAGACGGGUUAUUAGCAUCGCAGAGUUCAGGGACAUAUUUAACAAAGAAAAUAUUUUUCAUCAUUUCGGCCUAGAAAGGACCAAUGUGAUAUUUGUGUGGGAUUUUCGCAUGGAAAUAUCGACGACGGGGAGUAUAGAGCCCAUGUAAUAUCAAAAGAUGUGGCAAGAGCUGAAAAAAAAUGCCGACAAAGAAUCAGCUGAUGGGAGCAGAUCCGUUUGGACUAUGGACUUACAGGCAGUCCUGAUUCUUCCCAAAACUCACGCCAGUUCGAUGUAUUAUAAAACCAAACUUCAGAUGCAUAAUUUUACUCUUUAUAAUUUGCAAACAAAAGAAGGAUUCUGCUAUCCAUUGGAAGAGCACGAAGGCGAUUCAAGUAGUGAAGUUUUUGCCUCGCUACAGUUCUCUCAUUUCAACCAAUGUGUUACAGAUCAUCCUUCAAUAAAAGAACUAGUGAUAUGGAGUGACAGUUGUGGCUAUCAAAACCGUAAUGUAAUCGUCGCAAAUACAUAUUUAGAUUUGGCACGGAAACAUAAAAUUAAAAUAACGCAGAAAUUUUUAACAACUGGACACACUCAGAUGGAAGUGGAUGCAAUGCAUUCCAUGAUUGAGAAAAAAGUUUUGGCCGACGUCAUUACGUCACGUGAUUAUCACGUAAUCAUGCAGUGUGCAAGGUCUCGGCCAUUUCCAUACCAGGUCAAGUCAGUACAACAUCAGGAUUUUAAGAAAAUGACGUGGAAAUACUUUGCCAGUAUACGCCCUGGAAAUACAGCAGGUGAUCCAAAGGUGCAUCAUCUCCGAGCAAUACAGUAUACUUCCACAAUUCACCUCAAAACUACGUUUAUGGAUGAGUGGGAAUUACUUCCACGCAGAAUGCAUAAACCCGAAAAACCAUUCCAAUGGAUAAAUUUGUUUCCAGGUCUACUUAAGAUAAGCUGUAGAAAAUUUUGUGAUUUACAAGAAAUGAAGAGAGUGCUGCCAACAUACGCACAUUGCUUUUAUUACAAAAUUUUACACCAUUUAUAAUAAAUAACUACCAUAUUUUCAAAGAAGAAAUGCAAAGUUACGUUAGUUUUCGCUGAGUAGUUAAUUUUACAAAAGUUUUUUUUUCUUCUGUUUUUUCAAUGAAUUCUCCAUUGUUUGUUGAAUGGCAUUGUAUGGUUGUGUUGACAAGGUUAAAGUUAUGAUCGAAUCGUAUUUUGAAUGUCGUACACACCUGCAAUUCAGCGCUCUUUUUUAUUUUUUUAUACUUUAUAAUCAAUAUCUAUGAAAAGUCUCAA